UACAACGAGGGUUAUGCAUCUUUCAAGCGUUACAAGUUCCUCCGGCGCUAACGCCGAAGAAUCGCCGAAGAAAUUGCAUGAUGAUAAUGAUGCGCCAUCGUCGCUGUUACUACUUCCAGAUGAAAUCUCUUUGAACUGCUUAGCACGCGUGCCUCGAUGUUACUACCCGUGGGUUUCUCUGGUCUCCACAACCUUGAGGCGUCUCAUCGCUUCGCCGGAGAUUUACACAGAGCGUUCAGCACGCCGCCGCACAGAACACGUACUUUACAUUGCGCUUAGACCUUACUGUACACGAACCCUUGAAUGGUACACUCUCAAUCUCAUCAAACCUAGUUUCGGACAAGAAGAGAUUAAACACCGUUUGGUUCCUGUCCCUUCGUUCCCUUUGGUUCCCUAUUGGGGAAUGUCUAUCGUCGUUGUCGGCUCAGAGAUGUACUUCCUCGGUGGAAGCGUCGACGACAGCUUCGUCUCCACUGCGUUUGUCAUCGACUGUCCGUCUUACACGUGUCGCUCCCUCCCUAACAUGAAGCAAGAACGCGGCUGCGCCGCCGCGGGGAUCGUCGACGGGAAGUUGUAUGUGAUCGGAGGGUGUGACCCUCUGUCUCCGAACUGGGUGGAGGCUUUUGAUCUAAAGACUCAAACUUGGGAGACUGUGAGGGGUUUGUCUGACGUGGAGGUGUAUGAGAAAACGAUCAGGAGCUUCGUGAUGGAUGAUAAGAUUUGCAUCAUGGAUCGAGAUAGUAGCUUUGUUUACGAUCCCAAAGAUGGAGUUUUGGAGAGGGACUUGUUGUUGAACAAGCAGUGGAGGGUGGGUUCUUGCGUCAUUGAUGACAAGCUCUACAGUUUUGACCAGGAGAACAUAUUAUGGGAGUUUGAUCCUGUCUCGAGGGUUUGGACCCGAGUGAAGGGUCUUGAAGAUCUUCCUGGUGUCCGUGAUGUCACUAAGAUGGCGAAUUGUGGUGGCAAAAUUGCGAUUUUGUGUAACGUUGAAAAGUGUUCGACGGAGAUUUGGUAUACGGAGAUCGGGUUGGAGAGGAGGGAAGGAGGAGAGGCUUGGGGGACGAUCUUGUGGUCUGGUCUUGUGCUUGCUUCGGAAGGUUUUUCUACCAUUGUACGAUCUCUGUCUGUGUCAUUUUGAUGCCACACUCCAUUGUGCGGGAGGUCACUAGUUACCUUUGGCUUUGAGAUACCGAUGCAUCAUUCAUCAACUUAUAUGUUAUAAUAUAUGGAUUGUUAUUUUUAUGUUUAAGUUUGAAAAUGUAUUGGAGCAGCUUGGUCUGAUCAAGAUGUUGAAUUUUCUUGCCCUUGUUUCUUUCUUUUACAAAUCUAUGGAUGUGGUUUUUAUUUUAU